AUGUAUUCUUUGAAUUUGGCUGCAGCCCUGACGGCCACCGUCGGCCUGGCUGGCGCAUCGUCCAUCCUCCUGCAGGGUGGCACUAUCGUCGGAUUUGACGCGCAGACAGACUCUCUUAAUGUCAUCCGCGACGGCUCCCUCCUUAUUACGGAUGAUCGUAUCUCGGCCAUCUAUACCGCCGAGGAGGCCCAGAGCCAGAACUUUUCCCGUAAUGACACGCAAGUCGUCAACGCCACCAACAAAAUCAUCACCCCCGGCUUCAUCGACACCCACCGUCACGGCUGGCAGACUGGUUUCAAGACCAUCGCUUCCAACACGUCUCUAGCCGAGUAUUUUACUCGUUAUGGCGAGUAUUCUGCUGCAGGCCUCCUCAGCCCCGAGGAUGUCUACAUCGGCCAGAUUACCGGCCUCUACGAAGCUCUCAAUGCGGGUGUUACCACGACCCUUGACCAUGCCCACCACACAUGGUCUAACGAGACGUCUGAAGCUGGUCUCAACGGUAGCAUUGACAGCGGAGCAAGAGUCUUCUGGUCCUACGCCUUCCACAACGUAACCAACUACACCGUCUCUGAGCAGCUUGCAAACUUUAGAGAUAUCGCCACCAAGGCCAGCUUCCAGGGCUCUACCACCAGCCUUGGCAUUGCCUGCGACUUCUUCGGACCCGACCCUGUCCUUGCUGAUGUUAACGCUGUCAUUGAUCUUGCCAAGGAGUUCAAUGUCUCUGUCAUCACGACUCACAGCCUUCAGGGACCGUGGGGCUUCACCAACAGUCCCGAGGACCUUCACGCCGUCGGAGCCCUGAACAUGAGCAUCCCCGUCGUCUUCUCCCACGCCUCCUUCCUUACCUACCGCGGCGCGUCCCUCCUGCGCUCUACCAACCAGCACAUCUCCGUCACGCCCGAGUCUGAGAUGCACUACGGUCACACGCACCCUCACAGCCAUCUGAUCCAGGACCAAGGCUCCCUGGGCGUCGACACCCACUUCACCUUCUCCACCGACAUCCUCACCCAGGCUCGUCUCUGGCUCCAGAGCACCCGUCGCCAGCUUUACCAGCAGGUCUUGGAUCACUGGAACGUCCCUACUUCCACCCCCAUGACCGCCAACCAGGCCUUCCUCAUGGCAACCCGCAACGGUGGUCUCGCGCUCCGCCGUCCCGACCUGGGCGUCAUCGCCAAGGGCGCAAAGGCCGAUGUUGUCGUCUGGGAUGGCGACAGCCCUGCGCUGCUCGGCUGGGUUGACCCUGUUGCCGCCGUCAUCCUCCACGCCAGCGUCGGCGACGUCGAGCACGUCAUCGUCGAUGGAAAGUUUGUCAAGAAGGACCGCAAGCUUGUUGCUCCCGACUAUGCCGACGUCCGCAGCCGGUUCCUCAAGAGUGCGCGUAGCAUCCAGCAGACUUGGAAGGAACUUCCUUAUGAAGCCCUUGUUGGUUCUUUCAGCUCCGGGGCUCCUUAUGAGGCGCCUUUUGAGGUUGAUGUCUUGCGUGGUGAGGAGUCUGGCUACGGCACAAUUUUUGUCUAA